AUGAUAAUCAAAGAAUCGCACCAAGAUGUGGCUACGAAAGCGGAUGGGAAGGAAGGUUCCAUGAGAAUCUUUCUGUACCACCCUGUUAUCCCUGGAUAUCCGAAUGCGAGGUUUCCAGGUGUUGUGCUUUUCAGUGAGAUUUAUCAAGUUACUGGUCCUGUAGCACGCUUUGCUCGCCAAAUCGCUGGUCAAGGAUAUAUCGUGGCAGCACCGUCAUCUUACCACGAGUUCACUGGGCCAGAGCCUUUAGCAUAUGAUGUUCCUGGAACGGAUGCUGGUAAUGAAUACAAGAUCAAGAAGACUCUGGCAGGCUACGAUGAAGACUCUACACUUUCAAUCGAUACUCUUCUUGCUUUACCAACUUGCAAUGGCCGCAUUGGAGCAACUGGAAUGUGUCUGGGUGGCCAUCUUGCAUUUCGAUGCGCUCUUGACUCCCGAGUCUCCGCGGCAGUAACAUACUUCGCAACAGAUUUACACUCCGCGACUCUCGGUCUAGGCAUGAAGGACGACACUCUUGCCCGCUGUUCCGAGAUCAAAGCUGAACUGGUCAUGAUCCACGGCACACUGGAUAAUCAUGUACCGCCCGAAGGUCGUGAUCUCAUUCGAAAGACGUUGAGAGAAAAGGGAAUCAUAUUUAGUUGGUAUGAGCCAGCUGGCGCACAACAUGCAUUCAUCCGUGAUGAGCUUUCGAAAGGCAGAUACGAUCCUGCGAUUACCAAGGUCUGUUUCGAGAUGAUGCUGGAGCUUUUCGGGCGCACGUUGAAAUUAGAUCUUGGGUCUCACGAUGGAAAGCAGCAAGUGGUCGAGAAUAUUUGUUAG